AUGGCACUGGAGCCAUCGCUGUGCUCCGCGCUCCAUAUCGCCGAGAACGCUUCUGCCACACUGCCGGUAUCGGUCACCAUCUCUGCCUACGAUCUGGUCAGCUUCUGGAGGCAGAUAAAGCCGAUUGCCAUUGCAGAUGGGGAUCUUAAAGGGAGGAGAAACAGCAGCCCGGCCCCUCAGGACACCCCCCAUGGGGGACCAGGGGAAGGAAAUGCCUGCAAGGUCAAGGAUGCAGCCAAGGAGCUCAUCCACCCUUCUCUGUCCGUGACCCACAUCAAAGGCCUGGAAGUGCUGAGGGAAUCCAAGGCAUUGUCAUCCUCCCCACCAAUGCCUGUGAUCCACAACGUCUUCAGCCUGGCACCCUACCAGGAGUAUCUGGAAAGGGCCAAGGUCACAGACCCCAUUCUGUUCUGCAGGAAGCAUCUGUGGGAGGACUCCUCACCCCAAAACACGGGUGGCAGCCAGGAGCCUCCUGCUGUCAGAGACGUCUCAGUGGUGUCCAGCCUGAGGUCAGGCAGUGAUGCAGAGCAGAGCCAAGAGGAAAGUUGUUAUGGGAGCAUCCCUAAAAAGCCAAAGGCUGAGACCCAAGAGCUGGAGUCUCAGGAGGGCAGCCCUGACAGGGUGGGCACUGAGGAGCCACCCCCUAAGGAAAUGGUGCUGGACCUUAGCUUCAAGAAGAGACUGGUGGAAGCUGGGGACACCCAGAGACCCCCUGGCUUUGUGGAGGGGACACUGGACCGAGAGGAUAAGGAGGAGAAAGAGGCUGCAGAAGGUAAGGUGGGGUCAGGAGAGGGUGCACAGCCCCGGGUGCCUGAGGCGGACUCUGGGGACAAGAGCAGCUUCCAGAGCUCAGCCAACUUCAUGUCACUGAGCCCACCCAGCACUGAGCCCACCCAGCAGGAUGGAAGCUCAAAAGCCCCCCAGCCCAGCCCCUGCAGCAGCACCCCCACACCAGCUCAACCAGCCUCCUCUCCAUCCCUCACCCCCCUGUUCCCACAGCCUGGCCCCCAGCUCAACAUCAUCCUGGCCCCAAACCCUCCCCAGAUCCUGGUUUCCAAUGCCCCCUCCACUUCGGUGGAGGAGAAGGUGUUGGUGGUCCAGAAGGUUGGUGUUCUCCCCUCACGGACUCCCUCAGGGCAGUACUUCACCUCCCUGCACACCUUGCUCUGUGACACCAUUUCAGGCUCAGUGUCCCGCUCCUCCCCGGAGCUGCUGCAGGAGUGGCUGAAGAAAGCUGAGCUGGCAGAAGAGCUGGGAGAGAUGCCCAAAUCCCUUCCCAGCCCCAAGAACGGCUCCAAGCCUCCCAUUCCUCAGAAGCCCAGCAACGGCAAGGAGAUCUGGCUGGCUUAUCAUGAUGUGGGCAGGCUCCUCACUGACCUGCUCUCCCAGCUGAAGACCUUCAUGUCCGCUUGCCCUUUCCCCCACGUCGUCCGGGCGGGAGCCAUCUUAAUCCCCAUCCACGUGGUGAAGGAGAAGCUCUUCCCAACGCUGCCUGGGAGCUUAGUGGACCAAGUGCUGCAAAAGCACAAGGUGGAUCUGGGUCCCACCACCCUCUCAGAGGAGAGGCACCUGAGGGACCUGGAGCUGAAGAGCUGCACCUCCCGCAUGCUGAAGCUCCUGGCGAUCAAGUGGCUUCCUGAAAUCUACCCUGACCUGCUCAACCUCCACUGGUACAACUCCAUCCGGCAGCAGCUCGGUAGGUAGCCUGGA